AUGGCGGCAGACACACCAGCUGUGAAGGAGGCUCAAACGUUGGAGAGCACCGACCCCCGGAAAGCCGAGGCCAUCUACAAGGAGACCAUUUCAAAGCCUCCAUCCGUCACCUCAGAUGCAGCCAUCAAGGAAUACGAGACGGCACUGUUGAGACUCGGAGGUCUCUACCGAAACGAGAAGAAGUCGCAGGAGCUCGUAGAUCUCAUCACAACAAGCAGGACCGUGUUGUCAUCGUUUGCCAAGGCCAAGACCGCAAAGCUGGUCCGCCAACUACUAGAUCUCUUCGAAGACAUUCCCAACUCCACCGAUACCCAGAUCGCCAUCACAAAGUCAUGUAUAGAAUGGGCCACCUCGGAACGAAGAACUUUCCUGCGACAGAACCUCGAGACUCGACUUGUCGGACUUCACAUGGCCAAGCAGUCCUACUAUGAAGCCCUUACUCUGAUCAACGGACUCCUACGCGAGCUCAAGCGCCUCGAUGACAAGCUGGUUCUGGUUGAGGUUCAGCUUUUGGAGUCUAGAGUCUAUCAUGCUCUGGGAAACACUUCCAAGGCCCGUGCAGCUCUUACCAGCGCACGAACGAGUGCCGCUUCCGUGUACACACCUCCGCUCCUGCAAGCCAACCUAGACAUGCAAUCUGGUAUGCUGCAUACCAUGGACCAAGACUUCAACACUGCCUUUUCUUACUUCAUCGAGGCCCUUGACGGCUAUCACACACAAGAUGAGACAGCAAAGGCGACCGCUGCAUUGCAGUACAUGCUUCUCUGCAAGAUCAUGCUGAACCUUGUCGACGAUGUCAACAACCUCAUGGCUUCGAAGCAAGCACAAAAGUACGCGGGUCAGAACCUGGAGGCCAUGAAAGCUAUCGCACGGGCACAUAGCAACCGGAGUCUGGAGGAGUACGAGCGCGCUCUGGCUGCUUAUAAGUACGAGCUUGGCUCGGACGCUUUCAUCCGCAACCACCUCCGACGCCUGUACGACGCCAUGCUGGAGCAGAACCUAAUCAAAGUUAUCGAGCCAUUCAGCCGCGUCGAGAUCAGCCACAUUGCCCAGCUCGUUGGCCUUGACACACAACAGAUUGAGCGUAAGCUCAGCCAGAUGAUCUUGGACAAGGUCAUUAUUGGUGUCUUGGACCAGGGUGCCGGUUGUCUCAUCAUCUUUGAUGAGACGCAGAGAGACGAGAGCUAUGACGCUGCAUUGACCACUUUAGAGAAACUGAGCAACGUUGUGGAUGUUCUGUACACGAACCAAGCUUCUAUGCUCGAGUAG